AUGCCAAUGGAUGAGUUAUUUGAUCAAUUGAAAUGCACAAAAGAGGGAUUGACAAGUGAAGAAGGCAAAAGAAGGCUUGGAAUAUUUGGUCCAAAUAAAUUGGAGGAGAAAAAGGAAAGCAAAUUUCUCAAGUUUUUAGGUUUUAUGUGGAAUCCUCUUUCAUGGGUUAUGGAAGCUGCUGCUAUCAUGGCCAUUGCCUUAGCAAAUGGAGGGGGGAAGCCACCAGAUUGGCAAGAUUUUGUAGGAAUAACAACAUUGUUAUUAAUCAAUUCAACCAUAAGUUUCAUAGAAGAAAACAAUGCAGGAAAUGCUGCAGCAGCAUUAAUGGCAGGUUUAGCUCCUAAAACAAAGCUUUUAAGGGAUGGAAAAUGGGCCGAAGCCGAAGCUGAGUUUCUCGUACCCGGAGAUAUCAUUAGCAUUAAGCUCGGUGAUAUUGUACCCGCUGAUGCACGUCUCCUAGAAGGGGACCCCCUCAAGAUUGACCAGGCUGCGUUGACCGGUGAGUCAUUGCCGGUAACUAAGAAACCUGGGAAUAGUGUUUUUUCGGGUUCGACGUGUAAACAAGGUGAGAUCGAAGCUGUUGUGAUCGCUACUGGGGUCCACACUUUCUUUGGUAAGGCGGCUCACUUAGUCGAUAGCACAAAUCAAGUCGGCCACUUCCAAAAGGUAUUAACGGCUAUCGGUAACUUUUGUAUAUGCUCGAUUGCUGUCGGGCUGAUAAUAGAAAUAGUGGUGAUGUACCCGAUUCAGAAACGAACCUACAGAAACGGAAUCGAUAACUUGCUGGUUUUACUCAUAGGCGGCAUCCCAAUCGCAAUGCCAACCGUGUUGUCGGUUACAAUGGCUAUCGGGUCCCACAAGUUAUCACAGCAGGGAGCGAUUACCAAACGGAUGACAGCCAUUGAAGAAAUGGCUGGGAUGGAUGUUUUGUGCAGUGACAAGACUGGCACUCUCACACUUAACAAGCUCACAGUUGAUAAAAGUCUUAUUGAGGUCUUUGUAAAGGAUAUGGAUAAGGACACAGUGAUUUUAAUGGGAGCAAGGGCUUCAAGAGUGGAGAAUCAAGAUGCAAUUGAUGCUUGCAUUGUAGGAAUGCUUGCUGAUCCUAAGGAGGCAAGGGCGGGGAUCAACGAGGUACAUUUUCUACCAUUUAACCCUGUGGAUAAACGAACAGCGAUAACAUACACAGAUCAAGAUGGAAAUUGGCAUCGAGUGAGCAAAGGUGCACCCGAGCAGAUUGUGGAGCUUUGCAACCUAAAGGGUGAUACUAGCAAAAGGGUUUUCGACAUUAUUGACAAAUUUGCUGAACGGGGUCUUCGUUCUCUUGCUGUUUGUCAACAGACGGUACCUGAAAAAACGAAAGAGGGUCCUGGCGGGCCAUGGGUAUUCGUUGGUCUCCUACCAUUGUUUGACCCGCCAAGACAUGACAGUGCUGAAACAAUUAGGCGGGCCCUACACCUUGGUGUGAAUGUGAAGAUGAUCACCGGUGAUCAACUAGCCAUUGGUAAAGAAACGGGCCGGAGGCUCGGAAUGGGGACAAAUAUGUACCCCUCUUCAUCCCUCUUGGGCCAACACAAAGACGCAUCUAUCGCUAAUAUUCCUAUCGAGGAGCUAAUCGAGCAAGCUGAUGGCUUUGCUGGCGUUUUUCCUGAGCACAAGUAUGAAAUCGUGAAGAAGUUACAAGAGAGAAAACAUAUAUGCGGAAUGACAGGAGACGGUGUAAACGACGCACCAGCACUAAAACGGGCCGAUAUCGGUAUCGCGGUUGCUGAUGCAACCGAUGCAGCCCGAGGUGCAUCCGACAUAGUCUUGACUGAGCCUGGGCUAAGCGUGAUUGUAAGCGCGGUACUUACUAGCCGAGCCAUCUUUCAGAGGAUGAAAAACUACACCAUAUAUGCUGUCUCCAUCACCAUUCGUGUCGUUCUUGGUUUCAUGCUACUCGCACUGAUCUGGAAGUUUGAUUUCUCGCCUUUCAUGGUUCUCAUUAUUGCAAUUCUUAAUGACGGAACCAUCAUGACCAUAUCGAAGGAUAAAGUCAAGCCUUCACCGAUGCCGGAUUCAUGGAAAUUGAAGGAAAUAUUUCUCACUGGGAUCGUUUUCGGGACUUAUUUAGCGGUCAUGACCGUAAUUUUCUUCUGGCUAGCACAAGACUCUGACUUCUUUCCAGAUAAAUUCGGUGUAAGAUCGAUUAGAAACAAGGACUACGAGCUUACGGCAGCUUUGUACCUCCAAGUCAGCAUUGUUAGUCAAGCGCUUAUUUUCGUCACUAGAUCAAGAAGUUGGUCGUAUGUGGAACGACCCGGUCUUCUGCUUCUGACAGCCUUUUUGAUCGCACAGCUGAUAGCUACCCUGAUCGCGGUCUAUGCACACUGGGAUUUUGCGAGAAUCAACGGAAUAGGUUGGGGAUGGGCCGGUGUGAUUUGGUUAUAUAGUAUAAUCUUCUACAUCCCGCUAGAUAUUUUCAAAUUCAUCAUACGGUAUGCAAUGGCUGGCAGGGCUUGGGAUAAUCUGCUCCAAAAUAAGACCGCUUUCACUAGCAAAAAAGACUACGGGCGGGGCGAAAGGGAGGCCCAAUGGGUCCAGGAACAACGGACGGUCCACGGUCUCCAGCCGCCAGAGCAGCCAGAACAGUUCGUGAACGACAAGACGAGCUACCGGGAGUUGUCGGAGCUUGCCGAACAGGCUAAGAAGCGCGCUGAAGUGGCUAGAUUGAGGGAGCUUCAUACAAUAAAGGGUCACGUUGAAUCGGUAGUGAAGCUUAAGGGUCUCGAUAUCGAUACCAUUCAACAGCACUAUACGGUGUAAAAUCGCUAAGGUGGAAGUAGUUUAGUACGCCUACGUAAAGAUUUUGGCAAAGAGAAAUAAAUCAUGAAGGUUUACUUUACUUUACAGCUUUAGUUUCGUCCAAUGUAAUGAAUGGACGAGACGUUGGAAUAAGUCCUCCAGCAGACGAGAUCGAUUACACAGGAUCCGCAGUUGGUGAGAUAAAAUUUAGGCAGAGUGUUUGUUUAUAUUUAAAUUUUAUUUCAUGUUACAAUCAUUGUAUCUAAUCUCAGUUCUCACUGUAGAUAUGUACCUUACUGUUCAUAUUGUAACUAUGUGCUAGUUCUUGAAGCGCUUACGUUUGUGUCAUGCAUGUAUAUCCUUCAUUGGGACUAGGCUGCAAACGAACCAAACGUUCA